CAGAGAUCAGUGAACAGGUAACUCGCUGAAAUAAUCACCUGCAAGUUUAAUAUAUAGCUAUGCUGUGAGGACAACCCAGACUGUUUCCUUUGUGGAUGGCCUUUGAAAUGUCUGACCCUGACAAUUUCACAGGCAUGUCCAGCAGUCAGGGACAGUACCAGCCCAUACUGUACCGAAGGCGAUGGUUCAUAUUGGCCAUGUUCUGCUGUUGUUCAAUGUCCAACUCCUACCACUGGAUUCAUUUGAAUAUCAUCUCCGAUCGCGUUCUGUACAUAUGGAACGUGUCUAUUCCAGGGAGAACAGCUGCAGAACGCCAACUCGCAGUGGACACUUUGUCGAUCGUUUACAUGAUAGCCUACAUCCCCCUGAUUAUUCCAGCGACUUGGCUGCUUGAUCGGCAUGGGCUCCGAAUCACCGUGAUAUUAGCAACCUGUUCAAACGCCCUGGGGGGUUGGAUCAAAUGUGUGGGUGGGGUGCUAGCUGUUGACCCAAACACCAUCACAAAUGAGUCACCGACAUUUGCACAGAUGUCCGCAUUUCCGGUGCUGAUGGUUGGACAGAUAAUGGAUGCCGUGGCACAGGUCUUUAUUCUGGGCAUUCCAUCCGCGCUAGCGGUCACUUGGUUUGGAGAACUUGAAAUCAGCACAGCUACUGCGCUUGGAGUUUUGGCCAAUCAACUUGGCACCGCUUUGGGAUUUUGUAUUCCUCCGAUGAUUAUCGCCUCCCCGCCAUCACAACAUGAACCGACGAUAACGUCAAACCACAGCAUCUCGCCGGCAACUCCAACUUCUUCAUUGUCCGACGCACCCAACGACUUCAGCUACCAAUCAUUCCAUAAAAACAUGAUGUAUCUUCUCUACAUCGGCGCUGCAAUCAACACUUUACCCGCGAUCCCAGUCCUAUGUUUUUUCAAAAAGGAGCCACCAACAGAACCUACGUUGACUCAGUACCACCGUAAAUCCAUAUAUGCCACCAUGACAGACGUAACGGUGUCCAGUGCGGAAACUUUAAAUUUUCCGCAACAUUUGCCGGUAGAAGGCAGCAAGUAUGCAGAAGAGAUGGGGAAUCCCUCGGAAAAGGGAGCAAAUAAUGAAGUCACGCAAGAUGCAGAUACAGACAGUUUUAAUCCACCGCAUGUCACCGUCCCACAAACUUCCUUGAUAAAUAUGUUCACCGGAAAAGGCUUCAAGGGACAACUGCUUGGCGUUCUGAAGAACGGAAAUUUUACAGUACUGCUGCUAAGUUAUGGGAUCACCACGGGCUUAUUUUACGCACUGGGAACACUGCUCAAUGUGAUAUUGCAAGUCUACUUCCCGGGUAACGCGGCAAUAGGGUGGAUCGGUUUCACCAUGAUCAUCUCUGGUAUGCUUGGAUCGAUGCUGAUCGGUAUCGCCUUAGAUCGAACAAGAAGAUACCGACUUAUAUCACUGUUGGUCUGUGGGGUCGCUCUAAUCUGGAUGGGUGCUUUUACAGGACUGGUGUUACUCAGGUCGUUGAUCUGGAUGUUCUUUGCAGCAGGAUUUCUCGGAUUUGCAUUGACCGGAUUCCUCAUGAUGGGCUUUGAUUACGCCGCAGAAUUAACCUACCCAGCGAACGAAGGUUUGACCUCGGGCCUAAUCAAUGCAUCAGCUCAGAUAUUUGGAAUACUAUUCCUUUUCACCGCGAGUCACCUUGCAAGUAGUUUUGAAGUCCUGUACACCAACCUGUUGUUUACUGGGCUUUCAUUCUUCGGAUUCUUCCUUUUGAUAUUCGUCAAAGAAGAUUUGCGCAGAUCAAGUUUGCAAAAGUCCAUACAAGCAGAAAUUUUAGAGAAGGCGGUCCUGGAAAUGAACCAGUGAUAUACAGCAAAGCAUUUGCAAUUGUCAAA